AUGACGGUCGUGGAGGCAGCGAAAGCAGUCACAGCCUACUUUAUGCGUUCAACGCGUAAAGAAUGGCUUGACUACUUCAUGUCAACUCAUUUUUGGGGUCCACUCGCCAACUGGGGACUACCGUUGGCAGCGAUUGCUGAUAUCAAGAAGGAUCCGGAACAAAUUUCUGGUCAGUUUCAAAUUCAGUUUCUCGUUCAGUUGGCAAGAUACGUAAAUCAUCACUAUUUGCAUCUAAUCACCGACCCAACACUCGCUAGAAUACGACGUGAAGAAGCCGAACGGCAGGCGAAGUCACAAAGUGAACAUUAA